AUGAUUUACUUUUACCUAUAUAUUACUUUUGCUGCUUUCAAUGAUAAUGAUAAUGAUGCUGAAGUUACAGAUGCAGUUGAUGUUAAUUUGUCAAUUAGCGAAGACACAAUGAAUGAAUUCAAAUUGAAAAAUCAAUUAUCAUUAGAUAAAUUAUUGGAAAUUGGAAUUAAAGAUAUUCAUCUUUCACAAAAGGUUUUCGAAAGUUUCUUAAAAGAACUUUCAAAUAAUGAGAGAUUUUCAGUUUUACUGGCGGUCGAUGUAGUAAACGCUUUCUAUACCAAUUCCGAAUACACAGAUAACAAUGAUAAAAAAUUAGAAUCUAAUAAAUUAUCAUUACCUCGUUCAAUUAAACCAUUAGAAGAGGCACUUAACAUUAGUGAGUCAUCAGUGUGGAAUCCUCGUUCACCCACAAUAUUACAAUAUACAAAAGAUUUACAACGAUUUGAUGUCAAAAUGUAUACUCAGAAGGAGGCGAAGGGCAUUUUAGAUUAUUAUUAUAAUACUAUGAUCAAAUCAGAUCCAAAAGAUUCAUACUUUCUUAAACAAUAUUUUCUUACGAAUGGUAAUCCAAAAGAGUUUUAUUUAAAUUGUUGGAAAGGAUUCACUAAUUGA